GACUUCUGCUACUUCAGGAAGAAUGCACAGGAUGAACGUCAUAAAGGAGGCACCAUGGACCGUGUUGUUCUGGCCCAGUCUCAUUAGCGCCAGCAUCCUGCUGGAGUGUUCGCAACAGGAAAACGUCAUCCACCCGUACUGUGCAUCCAUCUCGCAGGAGAAGCUUCUAGACAGGGUUAUCCAGCAUGCCGAGUUCAUCUACCGCAUCUCCGAAGAGUCAUGUUCUUUGUUUGAGGACAUGUUCGUCCCGUACCCGUUGCGGGUUCAGAGGAACCAGAUGGGCUACGAUUGCCUCACCAAGGACAUCCCUGUUCCGAGCUCCAUAGGGGAAGUCCAGCAGAUGUCUGACAAAUGGUUGCUCCACUCAGUGCUGAUGCUGGUCCAGUCUUGGAUCGAGCCUUUGGUCUACCUGCAGACCACACUGGACCGCUACGACGGCGCUCCGGAAAUGCUCCUCAACAAGACCAAGUGGGUGUCCGACAAACUGAUCAGUCUGGAGAAUGGAAUGGUGGUUCUAAUAAAGAAGAUGCUGAAUGAAGGCGUGAUGACCAGCAGCUACAGCGAUCAUGGCCUGCUCCAGUACGACAUGCAACUCGACAUGGUGGAAUCGGUUAUGAGGGACUACGUCGUGCUCAGUUGCUUCAAGAAAGACUCCCACAAGGUGGAGACAUUCCUCAAGAUCAUCAAGUGUCGACAAAAAGACAACUGCGCCUGAAGGAUAAUGCGUGCGUUUUCCAUGUUUGCUUGUUGUGAAUUCUUCGUAGAUGUACUGUAGCCCCCGGUACGAUACAGUCUAUUAUGUUUAACACAAAACAACAGUGCUGUUUUUCAACAUGCUGCAAUAAAUCUUCUUUUAAAUUGUCGUCAC